CAUGUGGAGGAAGUUACGCACUGUUUGGAGAGUUGUUCCUCCGCGGAGAAGCGCAGUUUUCUCUGCUGAGUCAGACUUUUGACAAAUUGGAUGGACUUUCCACGACCCGUUGGUGCUGGCCACGUUGUGUUUUUCUUUAGUUGUUGAACUUUUUUUUUUUCUUCUCACAUUUGCCGACCACCCUCGCGUUAGUUUSGAGCCGCCAGCAGCCGGGUGGGUGUGCGUUAACUGCGCGCAGCCGAGCCGAGAGGCGCUUCCUUCUUUCAGCCUCWCUCCGGAACGGUGGAACGGGAUUGUCGCUCAACAUGACGCAUUUAACAGGCUUUGUUAGUUAAUAGCGCGCUCCCUUUAAGACUCCGAAUGCUUCAGUUUGUGACAGAGAUGUUCUCCUGAGUAAAGGUUUUGUUAAAGGCUUUCCUCAAAACUGCUCUCCAUACAAGACAAUGGCCUCCAAUAUAAUGGUGGAGCAGCAGUUUUCUCACAAGUUUAUUGUGACGGUGGUCCGAGCUGAAAAUGUCACCAAAGGUGCACUGGGUGAUCUGCUGGAUACUCCAGAUCCAUACGUGGAGUUGUUCAUCCCGACGGCCCCGGAGAGCAGGAAGAAGACCAAACACAUAGACAACAACAUCAAUCCGAAAUGGAACGAGACGUUUCACUUCAUAUUAGACCCCAACCAGCACAACAUCCUGGAGUUAACGUUGAUGGAUGCCAAUUACGUGAUGGAUGAGACACUUGGGACGGCAUCCUUUGACAUCACAAAGCUUGAAGUGGGACAAACAAAGAUGGAAAGUUUCUGUAUCGGUAAACACAAAUCUGGACCUGAGGUUCAGCCUGGCUCUGUGCGACAAAGAGAAGCAGUUCCGACAAACCCGCAGAGAAAGAGUGAUGCUCGGCAUUAAGAAGCUGCUGGAYAUGGAGAAACCUCGCUUCCUCCCCAGCUCUCCGGAGGAGGUUCCAGUGAUAGCCAUCGCAGGUUCAGGCGGGGGGUUUCGUGCCAUGGUGGGCUUCUCUGGAGUCAUGAAGGCUCUGUUUGAGUCUGGGGUCCUGGACUGUGCCACAUAUGUUGCUGGUCUUUCUGGAUCCACAUGGUAUAUGUCCACUCUCUACUCUCAUCCUGAAUUUCCAAACAAAGGCCCAAAGGACAUAAACAGUGAGCUGAUGAAGCGAGUUAGUGGUAACCCACUGAGGCUGCUGCUGCCCCAACACAUCACCAACUACAUCCAGGCCCUGUGGACUAAGAAGGCCUCAGGGCAGCCCGUUACCUUUACCGAUAUUUUCGGUAUGCUCAUAGGAGAGACUCUCAUACCUGCGAGGAUGCACAUCAAGCUAAGUGGCUUCCAGGAGAAAACAAACCAGGCCCAGUGUCCUCUCCCACUCUUCACCUGUUUGCACGUCAAGCCAGAUGUUUCAGAGCUCAUGUUUGCGGACUGGGUAGAGUUCAGCCCUUAUGAAAUUGGGAUGGCCAAGUACGGCACAUUCAUGACGCCCGACUUGUUUGGAAGCAAGUUCUUCAUGGGAACUGUGGUGAAGAAAUAUGAAGAGAAYCCUAUUCAUUUUCUGAUGGGCGUGUGGGGAAGCGCCUUCUCCAUUCUGUUCAACAGAGUUCUGGGUGUGAAGGACACAGCUGGAGGCAGCACCAUGGAGGAGGAGUUAGAGCAGAUCAAACCCCAGCACAUUGUUGGAGAAGACAGUCUGGACAAYGACGAUGACCUGCGCAAAGCUGGAUCAGAAAACCCGGAGGCGGAGGAAGAGUUUACUCGCACSGCUCAGGCCAGCUGGGUCCAGCGAAUGUUCACUUCUUUCUUCAGUGACUCGGCUUUGUUCAACACAAGAGAGGGUCGGGCCGGGAAGGUGCAUAACUUCAUGCUGGGCCUGAACCUGAACACCAGCAUGCCCUUCUCUCCACUCAAUGAAAUAAUGUAUUCAGCUCCGGCACUUGAGGAGGAAGUGGAUGCCGUAACGGAUCCAGAUGAAUUUGAUCGUAUUUAUGAGCCUCUGGACGUGAAGAGUAAGAAGAUUCAUGUUGUGGACAGCGGCCUGACCUACAACCUGCCCUACCCGCUCAUCCUGCGGCCGCAGCGCGGCGUCGACCUCAUUAUCUCUUUUGAUUUUUCUGCUCGACCAAGCGACUCCAGCCCUCCGUUCAAGGAGCUCCUGUUAGCGGAAAAGUGGGCCAGGAUGAACAAGCUUCCAUUCCCUAAGAUUGAUCCCAAAGUCUUUGACCGCGAGGGUCUGAAGGAAUGCUACGUGUUCAAACCCAGGAUGGGUGAAAAGAACUGCCCGAUUGUCAUCCACUUUGUCCUGGUCAACAUUAACUUCAGGACGUUCAAAGCGCCUGGUUAUUAAAGAAGCCAUCAAGGACUGCAUUGUGAGAAGGAAGGAGAAUCCCUCCAGCCUUUCCCAUUCCUUCCCCCUCGGAGAGAUCCCCAAAAAGAAGUUUUCYAGAAAAGAGGAUCACUCAAAACCCUUGAAUAACCUUGGAAAAGAUCAUAAGUAGCCAGAGGGGAAAAAGACUUUUUGGUCAUUUUGAAAUAAAGUGAAGCAUUUGCCUUGUGGAAAAAUGCUCUCAGCCUGAUUACUGUAUGGAUUGUUGAAGUUUUUUAUGGCGAGAUAGGUCGAAACGCUUUUCUUUUUAAAGAAAGACUUUGKGGAAAGAUUGUUUUUCUUUGUUUGUUUGUCGGUGCUGAAAACUUGCUGCCUUCUAAUUUAGAUAUCUGGAAGAGAUGUUUUUUUGGAUUUUUUUUCCAUCUUGAGACUUUUCUUGGGCAGUUCCAACAUUCCU